AUGGCAGCUUCCUGUCCCCCUUUCGGCUCUCCUCUCGCCUGACCACCUCCCCGCAGGGGCUCCUCUCCCGGCCGAAGGCUCCCGCCUUGCGCCGGGCAUGGAGAAGAGCUCCAGCUGCGAGAGCCUCGGCUCCAAGCCGGACGCCGCCGCCGCCGCCACCCGCCAGCCCAGCAUGGAUUCCCUCUCCAGUGCAUCCACUUCUCAAUCGGAACAUUCCACAAGGACAAAAUCUGCUUCUGUCGUCUCAUCAGAUUCCAUCUCCACCUCCACAGAGAACUUUUCUCCAGAUUUAAGGGUCCUCAGAGAAUCUAAUAAAUUGGCUGAAAUGGAAGAGCCCCCCUUGCUACCUGGAGAAACCAUUAAGGACAUGGCAAAAGAUGUUACUCAUAUCUGCCCAUUUACUGGAGCUAUUAGAGGAACCUUGACAGUUACAAAUUACAGACUAUAUUUUAAAAGCAUGGAAAGGGAUCCUCCUUUUGUUCUUGACGGUCCACUAGGAGUGAUCAACCGUGUAGAGAAAAUUGGAGGCGCUUCUAGCCGUGGCGAAAAUUCAUACGGGCUUGAGAUCAUGUGCAAGGACGUUCGGAGCCUACGGUUUGCACAUCGACCUGAGGGCCGCACGAGAAGGUCUAUAUUUGAAAACUUAAUGAAAUAUGCAUUUCCAGUAUCAAACCAUUUGUCUCUUUUUGCAUUUGAAUACAAAGAGGUUUUCCCAGAAGAUGGCUGGAAGGCUUAUGAUCCUGUUUUGGAAUACAGAAGACAGGGAAUUCCUAAUGAAAGUUGGAGAAUAACCAAAGUGAAUGAGCGUUACGAACUUUGCGACACCUAUCCUGCCAUUUUAGUAGUUCCCUCCAACAUUCCUGAUGACGAACUAAAGAAAGUGGCAGCAUUCCGAUCUAGGGGGCGCAUACCUGUUUUGUCCUGGAUUCACCCGGAAAGCCAAGCCACGAUCACUCGCUGCAGCCAGCCAAUGGUUGGCGUGAGCGGCAAGAGAAGUAAAGAGGAUGAAAAGUAUCUGCAGUCGAUCAUGGACUCCAACGCUCAGUCUCACAAGAUCUUCAUCUUUGAUGCCAGGCCAAGCGUCAACGCUGUAGCCAAUAAGGCCAAAGGAGGGGGUUAUGAAAGUGAAGAUGCCUAUCAGAAUGCAGAGUUGGUCUUUCUGGACAUCCACAAUAUCCACGUGAUGAGAGAGUCACUGAGGAAACUCAAGGAGAUCGUAUAUCCCACAAUAGAAGAGUCGCACUGGCUGUCUAACUUGGAAUCCACUCACUGGCUAGAACAUAUCAAGCUCAUUCUUGCGGGUGCUCUUCGGAUCGCCGACAAGGUGGAAUCCGGGAAGACCUCGGUGGUGGUGCAUUGCAGCGACGGCUGGGAUCGAACUGCUCAGCUGACCUCUCUGGCUAUGCUCAUGUUGGAUGGGUACUACCGGACGAUACGAGGUUUUGAAGUCCUGGUGGAGAAGGAAUGGCUCAGUUUUGGGCACAGAUUCCAGCUGAGACUGGGCCAUGGAGAUAAGAAUCAUGCAGAUGCAGACCGCUCUCCUGUUUUUCUCCAGUUUAUCGAUAGUGUCUGGCAGAUGACAAGACAGUUCCCCACGGCGUUUGAAUUCAACGAGUGCUUUCUGAUCACCGUUCUGGACCACCUCUACAGCUGUUUGUUUGGGACAUUCCUGUGUAAUAGCGAGCAGCAGAGAGUGAAAGAGGGCCUGCCAAACAAGACAGUGUCGCUGUGGUCCUAUAUCAACAGCCAACUCGAAGAGUUCACCAACCCUCUAUAUGCCAGCUACACCAACCACGUCUUGUAUCCUGUGGCGAGCAUGCGCCACCUAGAGCUUUGGGUGGGCUACUACAUCCGGUGGAAUCCACGGAUGAAACCACAGGAGCCAGUGCACAAUCGGUACAAGGAACUUCUUGCCAAGCGGACCGAACUCCAAAAGAAAGUGGAAGAACUCCAACAGGAAAUCACCAACCGUUCCACCUCGUCCUCGGAGAGAGCAGGCUCUCCUGCUCAAUGCGUCGCUCCCGUCCAGACUGUCGUGUAACAGGGUCCUUGGUUCGAAACUCGCCGGGACCCGUCGUAAGAGGCAGCUUAUUUUUGGAGAGCAGGAAAACUAAAAUGGAAGUGAGAAGGCGGCGUCUCGAAGUCAAAGCAGCUUAUUUAUUAUCCUACACCCUUCUAGGGAGUUUUUAUUAGUAUUGUAACACUAUAGGAAAUGAAAGCUUUUUUCCCCUUUUUUUAUUAUAAUAAGCCUUCAAGAAAGUUAACUUUAUAAGGAAGCCAUCUGCCCUGCCUCCAAGCCAAAGGAAAACAUUUCUUCAUUUAACGCAAGGUGAUGAGAGGUCAUUCUAACCUUAAACUGAGGCACAAGUCAUCGCGCCAACUUCAAACUAACGGACCUAGAUCCAAAGGGCUAUGUGGGGAAAUCCUGGUACGCAGUGGGGCAGCUCCUGUACCCACUUCCUCCACCCGACAAGCUGCUCCUCGAAACAUUCAAAGAACGAAAGUCUCCGGGGGUAGGGGAUAAGAAAUCUCGGCAUGCAUACGUAAGAGCUUGAGCGUUUCUAAAGAGUUAUUUGAAUUCUAAGCCAUUGCCAAUGAAAAGAACAGUUUCUGAAGAGGAGAGAUCAAGCCCCCGUCCCCCAUUUGUCAUGUUGCAUACUUAAGAAAGGGUUAGACAAACUUUAAAGUCAGCUCAGCAGUCCAAGGCUUGUCUCUCUCUCUCUCUCACACACACACACACCGUUUGCAACAUACAACACCAACAUCCUCUGAGAUGUGAAACAAUCCGCAUCCACUUCAUGUCGGCACAGGUCAUGUUCCAUAAAAAGAGAGCAUCAAUGCUGCAUGUGCAUCACCUCCACUGGAGGAGGGAUUUUUUCCAUGGAAACAAUGCAAUGUGGGCAGCAGGGUCAUGGGGGAGAGGACCGUGAUCCAUCCUGAACUUGCGAGAGCAAGUGCCAGCAGCGUCCAUUGCACCUGGCCAGCUACGAAGGAGACUCUUUGCAUUUGGACCAUUCUCUGUACAAGGUUCUCCUGUCAUCAGUAGAGUCGUUGCAAGUUUAAUAUCGAUGAGGAUAGGUACGGUCGAGGAGCAGCCUCUGUAUACGUUCAGCUAACCCUGUUCUGACGCUAACACAAUGCAAUAUUUAAUGAGAGUCAAAAUAAUCUUUCUCUUGGAAAGAGUAGAGUUUCCUGCAUUGCUUCUCAUUUUCCCUUAUAUCUUACUUAGUGCACACAUCAUAAUAGCAAUGAUCAUCAAUCAUUAUGACACAAAUAUCAACACAACCCAAGCGGGGGCACAUCAAUCCGGGCUUCUUAUUCUGCCACGAACUCUACGCAGAGUCUUUCAGUUCUACCGUAGAUUUCCAUUGCUGCAGUUGUCAAAGCAAGUCGCUUGGAAGCCUGUGGAGACAAGUGGAAUUGCUUCUUUUAAACUUUGUGCAGGGAGGGAGUAAAUAAAUUAUAGUGGAAGAAC